CACUUUUUCCUCCCAAAAAAUGAGGGAAAUGUCCGUGUGUCUUAUGGAGUGAAUAUGGAGUGGCCGGCCCGGUAUACCCACCACUGCCCUGUCAGAAUACCGGGCCAGCCGCUCAGCGCUUCUAUGCAGCAGAACCUUACCUGUUCCUCGAUCCAGCGAUGUCCUCACCGUCUUCUCUCUCCCCGGCAUCUUUAGUGUGGGCACCUGGCUGUGACAGCUUGCGGCUUCGCAGCUGAGUGCCCACUGCGCAUGCGUGAGAAGCGCUGCGAUUUGUGAAUGGUCCAGCAGUCUUCUGGGACCUGUCACAUGUCCCAGAAGAUGGGGAGGGAGGAAGGGGGAGUGGGUACCUGUCAAAUUCAGGUACCCACCCCCCCCUCCCCAAAGGUCCGCAGUCUCUGGUCAUCUCCUGUACUGUGUCCGCAGUCUCUGGUCAUCUCCUGUACAAUGUCCGCAGUCUCUGGUCAUCUCCUGUACUAUGUCCGCAGUCUCUGGUCAUCUCCUGUAGUAUGUCCGCAGUCUCUGGUCAUCUCCUGUACUAUAUCUGCAGUCUCUGGUCAUCUCCUGUACUAUGUCCGCAGUCUCUGGUCAUCUCCUGUACUAUAUCUGCAGUCUCUGGUCAUCUCCUGUACUGUGUUCGCAGUCUCUGGUCAUCUCCUGUACUGUGUCCGCAGUCUCUGGUCAUCUCCUGUACUGUGUCCGCAGUCUCUGGUCAUCUCCUGUACUAUGUCCGCAGUCUCUGGU